CUCGACUCGAGCCCUCGUCCGCGCGCUUCGCUCCACCACCGCCGACGACGACGAGGGCCACCUCGACCUAGCUCGUCGGCCGGCCGGCGCCGCCCGCCGCCCGCUUGUGGCUUACUGGCUUGGCCUCCUCCCCCCCACCCCGCCGUCGCCACGAUGAGCGCCUCCUCCGCUUCGACUCUGCCCCCGGUCGGGAAAUCCGGGUUCACCAAGCUGUGCAAGGGCCUCGCCGUCGUCUUGUUCCUCGGCCACAUCGUGAUCCGGCUGUUCCCUUCAGCUGUCACCUACCUCGCGCUUAUUCCCUCCAGGACAAUCCCAUUUGCUUGGAACCUCGUAACUUCAGGCUAUAUUGAGCAAACAAUUCCAGGGGUGAUUGUCAGCAUAGUUGGUCUUCUUGUUUUGGGAAAAGUGUUGGAGCCUUUGUGGGGUGCUAAGGAAUUACUAAAGUUCAUUUUUCUUGUCAAUCUCUCAACUUCGGCUUGUGUCUUUGUAACAGCUAUUAUUUUGUACUACAUAACACAGCAGGAGAUCUACCUUUACACGCCUCUUUCUGGGUUCUAUGGAGUUCUUUCAGGAUUUCUGGUGGGUAUCAAGCAAAUUUUACCUGAUCAAGAGAUUACUCUUUUCCUGCUGAAUAUUAAAGCAAAGUGGAUUCCAUCUCUUGUUGCAUUUAUUUCGGUUUCCCUAAGCUUCUUCAUGAAGGAUUCAGUGUCAUACAUCCCAAUCAUAUUAUUUGGCAUCUACCUGAGCUGGAUUUACCUGCGUUACUUCCAAAAGAGGCUAGAAGCAGGCUUAAAGGGGGACCCAAGUGAUGAAUUCUCAUUCUCAAGCUUCUUCCCUGAAUUUUUGAGACCAGUUUUGGACCCAAUAGCAUCUGUGUUCCAUACACUUGUUUGUGGACGAUCCGAAAGAUCUGAAGCCAAUGAUCAAACACUGGAUGGGCUGUUACCUGGUUCAUAUUCUAUUGAGGCAAACCGUAGAAGAGAAAGGGGUCAAAGGGCACUUGAGCAAAGAUUGGCUGAAAAGCUGGCUGCGGUGAGGAGCUCAGAGGCCACGCUUCACCACCACCACCACCACCACCACCACCACCACCAGCAGGACGAGGAUGAUGCUUCAGAUAAAGUCUGAGCAGUGAGCACCCUCUUUACCGCGUUUGGUGGAUUCGCAGCUGGAGCAGCGCUGUGCUGUGCUGUCAGGAGAUUCUUCUAAAUUUGCAGAGAGAAUCGUGGACAGCUUCAGCUGUCACAGCCAUGAGUUAAAGAUUGCAAUGUGAUUUUCUUCAAUGUCUUGGUGAAAAGAAAUUACACAGGAUAUUUGGUUCUUUGUUUUGUGACGAUCAAUAGAAGCUAACAGAGCCAAUUGCCGCAAGACAAACAGCUUUGUUGGAAUGUCUUCAGUUCUGAUUUAUUUAGUGGCCUGAGACCGUUCAGUGUAAUCUUUUUUUUGCCAAAGUUCUAUAUAUUACUACUACCGUAUGCUUUCUGUCCUAA